AUGUCGCCCAGACGUGUCAGCAAAGGGGAGGAGGACAAAACAGCAGAAGAUUCGGACUCGUCGACCGAUGAUGAAUAUCAGGAGUUUGUGGUGUCAGGGAGCACCGAGGCUGUAUUGCUUGUGUCAUACUUACUCACCUGGCAGAGGGACACUUUCGGUCGUAAGUACAUGCACAAGCUGCCAAGCCUGGGGGCCCACAAUGUGGCUCUGAGCUCCGACAAUUCGACCAUAGCUGCCGUCUCAAUGGAUGGCAUACUGACCCUCUUGGACGUUGCCAACGGAGUGACAAUAUCUAGUGUUUCGCAUGCCUUGGUACCCAAUUUUUGGUCGACGGCCUUUGGUGGCAGUGCGGAUUGCGUCUUUGGCGGCACAGGAUACGGGCAGGUUCACAUGUACGAUACGAAAACUGGCAAGCUCAAGCAUAGCUAUGAUACGGAGAGGCGUGAGAAUGUGCUGGGUCUGGCUGUAGCCAGGAAUGAUCGUUUCGUUGCCGCCAGCGACUAUGCUGGCUGUCUAACUCUUUUCGAUGCUGAGACUGGCCAGAUCGUAAGACAGACGCACGUGGGGAAGCCGAUGCGACGUCUUUCUUUCGAUCCCGAAAUGCGACGAUUGUUGGCCGCAUGCGAUGAUAAGACCGUUAAACUAUUUAAUAUGCCCAACGGGUGUCUACACGAUUGUCUUAUGGGGCACAAUAGCCUAGUCAUGUCGGUGGACUGCUCGCCAGAUGGUACGACUUUUGCGAGUGCUGCUCACGAUGGCACCGUCAAUAUUUGGGAUUCCCGCUACACUAAGCUUAACAACACCUAUGUCCCCAAGAAAGAUGCAAAGCUUUGGGAUGUGGCCUUCGCCAAAUCGAACAAUAAGAUAGUAUGGGUUGAUGAGGACACCGGAAUAAACCUCUAUUACCUUUAG